AUGCAAAGUCAAUUAAAGGAUGCAAGAACACAAAUUGGAAAAAAGUCAUCAAGAAUUAUUUCAUCAUCAUCAUCAAAUAACACCAAUGAUAUACCUUCUUCUUCAUUAAAUGAACCUGAUAUCAUGCCUGUCUUUGAUGUGAUAUAG